ACAAUGGCAAAGCUUAUUCUCCUCACAGGUCUUGUUCUUGUACUGAAUGUGCAGCUGGGAACAGGCAGCUGAAAACUCUCCUGGCCAUUGGAGGCUGGAACUUCGGGACUGCCCCAUGAGGAAACUGAAGUACAGAGAGGGUUUAAGUAACUUGCCCCAGAUCAUACAACUAGUAGGCAUCAUAACUACCUCUGCAGUUUGGCUACAGAGUCCAUUGUUUCUAAGUAUUACAGUAGGCUGCCCAUUAUUACUGAGAAAUGCGUCAAGCUUUUGAGCAGGAGGCCAAGCAGAGCAAAAAGCCCAGGCUGUUGGUCACUGCUGCAGUAGCUGCUGGCAUCUCCACCAUCCAGUCUGGCUAUGAGAUCCCCCUGCUGUCACAGUACCUGGACUACAUCCAUGUCAUGACCUAUGACUUCCAUGGCACCUGGGAGGGCUACACUGGAGAGAACAGCCCCCUGUACAAAUACCCGACUGACACUGGCAGCAACGCCUCCCUCAAUGUGGAUUAUGCCAUGAACUACUGGAAGGACAACAGAGCCCCAGCUGAGAAGCUCUUAGUUGGAUUCCCUACCUAUGGACAUAUCUUCAUCCUGAGCAACCCCUCCAACCAUGGAAUUGGUGCCCCCACCUCUGGUGCUGGUCCUGCUGGGCCCUAUACCAGGGAGUCUGGGACAUGGGCUUACUAUGAGAUCUAUACCUUCCUGAAAAAUGGAGCCACUCAGGAAUGGGAUGACCCUCAGAAAGUGCCUUAUGCCUAUCAGGGCAAUGUGUGGGUUGGCUAUGACAACGUCAAGAGCUUCGAUAUUAAGGCUCAAUGGCUUAAGAGCAACCAAUUUGGAGGCGCCAUGGUCUGGGCCAUUGAUCUGGAUGACUUUACUGGCGCUUUCUGCAACCAGGGCAAGUUUCCCCUAAUCUCUACCCUGAAGAAGGCCCGCGGCCUGCAGAGUGCAAGUUGCACGGCUCCAGCUCAGCCAACCCAGCCAACAACUGCUGCUCCCAGUGGGAAUGGGAGUGGGAGCAGCGGCUCUGGAGGCAGCUCCGGAGGCAGUGGAUUCUGUGCUGACAAAGUCAAUGGCCUCUACCCGGUGGCAAAUAACAGAAAUGCCUUCUGGCACUGUGUGAAUGGAGUCACGUACCAGCAGAACUGCCCGGCCGGACUUGUCUUCGACACCAGCUGUGAUUGCUGCAAUCAGACAUAAACCUGA